AUGCGCUGGAGCCUCUUUUUUCUGUUAAUACUCGUUUUCGCUCUCCUUGGUUUCGUUGGUUGGGUUACAUAUUCGCAGGUUCGUGCACGACGAGCCGGCCUUCCACCACCAACAUGGAAAUCAUACAUUCCAUUCACAUCCUCCUCCACUACGUAUCGAGACAGCAAUUUCCCAUCCCCUCGACGCGGCGGUAUCGUUGGCUGGGUUAAAGAUCGCUUCGCAUCGUUGACAAACAAGCGCACCUCCCGUGGUGCGUACGAAGAGCCAGCUACCGGUGGUCCGGGACCAUAUCGGGGUGCAGGCGUGGAUCAUGAUGAGGCUUGGGAUACGAGAGUGGGUGCGCUGGAGGACGGCCCUUAUUCGCAAGGGUCUGGCCCGCAUGGCCAUUAUGGUCCACAAGAGUCUGGCACUGGCCCCAGACGAGAACCGUAUGAUAGUGCUGGGUAUGAUGCGGGCUUUACAAAGAGCAGCAAGGAUGCAGAACGGGGCAGAAAUCACAAUCGUGGACCAAGCUCACCCCAUGUCCCACUCACGCUUGCUGAUACGGGUAGGCCGCUGGAGAAUCCGUUCGAUGAUAAUAACGUAAGUACUUUACGGGACAUUAGUCCUAGGCCGGUGGUUGAAAGUCGUACCGGAAAGUAG